AUGUCUGGCGUCCUGCGCCUCCUUUUGGCGAGCUUGGUAUACCAUUACGACUUUCUCGUGGCCCAUCUGCAACCCAACCAUCCCCUUUUGUCCACCGCCUUGUUCGUAGAACCCGGAUUAGCGGCAUCUCUUCGUUUGUUUGUAAUUUGUGGGCUCGAGUCGCAGUGUCUCGUGGCAUCUGGCAUCCCUCCCCACGUCGAGUUGAUGCGUCAACUCGAUAAGAACCAAAAAUCAAUCCAAGACAUCUCGAGCAUUGUGCUGUCUGGAUUAAUUCAUGUCGUAGGAACGAAAAAUAAGGACCCGAAGCAUUGCUUUGCAAACCCUUUGAAGCCCCAGAUAUAA